GUCGUGGAGGGGGCGGGGAUGCUGAUAUUGCUGAUGUGCAGCAGAACAGCAGUACAGCACAAUACAACACAAAAAAAAGCACUAUAGAAUAGCUUCCGCACAAGAACAAUUACCAUUAUAAUGGUAUAUUACCUGUCGCGAAAGCGUCAAUUAUCCGAAUCCGGCGGACAAUCGUUUUAUUCAGUCCAUUCGAUGAAUAUGUAUGUUGUGCUAAAGCAGCGAAACUUGAUGUUUCUUCUUCGUCAUAACAAUAUAAUGUAAUGGUUCGGAGCGGUGUUACGUGAAUGAAGUGUAUUUCUUCGUCAGCUAAAUAUGUCGUUGAUGUUGGUAAUAAACUUUGAAGUUUAAGAGAUGAAGUGGAAAAGAAAACAAGUCAUGGUGGCAAUGAGAACGCAACUGGAGAACAGGUACUCGAAUUGCCUGUGCCGGUACAGGACGUUCUUUGUACUGGGGCUGGUGUUUUUCUGUGUACAGAUUUACCUGGCUUGCACUUAUUUUCCACACGCCAGCAGCAAGAAACACCAUCACUCUGGCAGAGCUUUUCCUGAUGAGGAUGCUUUGACUAGAGACGAAGAAGAGGAAGGCCUGUUAGAAGGUACUCGCCAAUUAAAACUGCCACCAGAUAAACGUGGUAACUCCAACAGUGCUUUAAAUCACAAUCGGUCCUCAAGAGUUAAACUUGAUAGCAAAACUCUUAAUUUCACGCCAAUGUGUGAAGUUACAGGCAGAGAAGCAGUGAGUGCCAUAUCGCGAGCCCAUAGUCAAAUGUGCAAGGAGCGCAUUGUCAAUGUGACGUGCCUUAGCCAGCAGAAUCUGCUGUAUCCUACAAAGUUGCAGUCUUCCUGUCCACACUCGUUGGGCUUUACUGGCGCACCUAGGAGCCUAGGCUGCUUUAGAGACGACAAGCUGUCCCGGCUCUUGCCCCACUAUUACACCGUUUUCAAGACUAAUAACUCUCCAGAGCACUGUGCGCACAUGUGUUUGCAGUCUGGCUAUUCUUAUGCCGGUGUUGAGUACUCAAUGGAAUGUUUUUGUGGUAAAGAGAAGCCGUCAAAGAUUAACUUGUUAUCAGACUCUAGUUGUAACAUGAAGUGUCCUGGUGAUCCUAAACAGCGAUGUGGUGGAUACUUGACCAUUAAUGUAUUUUCUACAGGCAUCAAAAGGUUCAAGUCACACGAAGCUAAAAAUUCAAGUUCAAAGAACACAUUAGACGAGUCUAUCAGAAUUGCUUAUUUAUUAACUGUCAAUGGCAGAGCUAGUCGGCAAGUCAAACGCCUUAUCAGUAUUCUUUAUGACCCCUUACAUUUAUUUUACAUACACGUAGACGCUCGUCAAGACUACAUGUAUCGCGAGAUGCUGGAGGUGGAGAAAAAGUGCAAGCUCAGUAACAUAAUAGUGGCCAAGGGCCCAGAUCUGAGGCACGCGAGCAUCUGGGGUGGUGCAAGCUUGCUGACGACUUUCCUCACGUCGGCCCAUCAGAUGCUGUUGCGCUCAAAAAACUGGGACUUUCUCGUUAAUCUCUCGGAAUCCGACUAUCCCAUAAAAACGAAUGCACGUCUCAUAGAGUUCCUCGGCUGGAAUCGUGGCAUGAACUUUGUCAAGUCACACGGCCGUGAGGUACAAAGGUUCCUAACGAAGCAAGGCUUAGAUAAGACCUUCGUCGAGUGCGAGGCGCGCAUGUGGAGAGUGGGCGAUCGCAAACUGCCCCAUGGCAUCCAGAUCGACGGUGGCAGCGACUGGGUAGCCUUGUCACGGGAUUUUGUCGAGUACAUAGCUCAGCCACAUCCCGACGAGCUGAUCUCUGGACUGCUUAGUAUAUUCAAGUACACCCUACUGCCAGCAGAAUCGUUUUUCCACACAGCCCUGAGAAAUUCACGAUUCUGCGAUACAUACGUCGAUAACAAUCUCCACGUAACCAAUUGGAAAAGAAAGCUGGGCUGUAAGUGCCAGUACAAGGCUAUCGUGGACUGGUGCGGCUGUAGUCCGAACGAUUUCAAGGUGGAGGAUUUUGGUAGGAUAAAGAACACCGUGAACAAAAGCUUGUUCUUUGCCAGAAAAUUCGAGCCGGUUAUCGAUCAGAGAAUCAUCGACAGGGUCGACCAGUGGCUCUACCCAGAACGAGCGAAUGCCUCUGGUUCAAUGUUCAUCAAAGGUUCAAACGCCUACUGGCAGAGCUUGUACCAUCACGAGGAUGUGAGCCCGUUGGUGGACGAUGCACUGCUGACGGUCUCAAGUUCCCUGGCCCGACUCGUCUAUCGGCGUAUUGGUGAGCCGUUCCGCUCGGACGUUGCGGGGGGUGUACAUCUGCUCGAGAGUACGGCCUACUUUCGUGAAAAUCGCUUCGUCGGGGUUCUGCAAAACGAUUUUCCCGAACAAUUGGAAGCUCUAGUCCAGCCCAGGCGCAACCUGUCGACCAGCAAGCUGUGGCUGAACAAAAUCUUACUACUAACCGUGAACACCGAGUACGAUCAAAAGGAGCAGAUUUUCCGCAAUUUCCUGACUGCCAUGGGCCCCCUGUCCGAGCCGGUGCUCGCGUACGAGUUCGAUGCCGAUCUGCCGAAAUCGCUGCCGCUGAACAUCACAGUCGCCUGGAUCGAUCCGCUCGACAGACUAGCCGAGAUCAAUUACUUACUGGUCGACGAGGUAUCUCUGUCCGGGCACCUAAAGCCGCAGCUGAUCGAGCCGCUGUCCGUCGGUUUCUGGCACAUCUUCCUCGUGCUCGAGUCCAAAGUCGUGGCGAGCUUGAGUUUCCUGGUAGCGCCGCUGAGCCACUGGAGGAACCGGCCCAUUGGCUACGAAAAAUCCCGCGAGCUCAACUACGGGCCCACGAGCCCCUUUCGCGUGUCCAGGAAAGCUGCCGAGCGCUGGCUCGAAUUUCUCAGGCCACACAUUAUCAAUACCAAGCGGGCGACGACUCGGCAUCCGACCGAGGUACUGAUAGGCUGGCACCUGGAGCGCUGGGUCGACAGACUGAUAGCCGAGCACUACGAGAUCACCAAGGUGUGCGACGCUAGCGAGGACAGGCGUAGUACAUUGCGCAAGCUGAGAAAAAGCCCGAGUCGGCCCAUGUCUCGCUGCAUUUCCACAGACUGGAGCUCCCUGGCUCCGGAUCUCAAGUCGGACGUGCGUAAUUUAUGCCCGAGUUAACGUGAGAUUAUCACCGUCUGACCUCGUUAUCGUGCUGUAUUGUUGCGAACGUGCUUAUAUCAAUAAGAUGAGCUUUACUGCAGCCGUCGUUUACGAGUAUUAAAUUGAUGAUGUGACAGUAUUUUUCUUUUCUCUCGUUGUUUGGGUGAUUUAUCGCGGAUGAGUUGAGGAAUAAUUGAGAGGAAUAAUUUCUUUUUUUUUUUUAUUGAGGUAAGAAUGCUGCUAAGAAUUUUUUAAAACGUUUUCGCGUGAGACCGUUGUCUCCGUUCAUACUGAUAACAACGAUACAUUUUUAUCGUUCGCAAUGACUGAUGGGUUCAUGAGGAAAAAAUUAAGUGGUGAUUUCGCAUAAUCACGACUGACUGUGCACGUAACGGUAACACUGUUUUUUCUCUACCUGGCUACUAUUGAAUGUGUUUGUUUUUAAAAUCUAGAAUAUUACUGAAAGAAUUUCUCCUGCGUUCUCUAUGCAUCUAAUGUACUCGAAUUUCGGAUUAAUUGUGAGUCACGCACAAUAUGAUUAUUAUGGGUAAAAGUUUGAUUCUUGAUGUGAGAUUUUUUAGACUAUACAGCGCAUUUUGAAUGACUGUUCAAUUUUUUGAACUUAAAUCGUUAGACUUUUGACUUUUGAAUAAAAAUGAUGUUUAAAAAGUUUUUGGAUCAGUUGAUUUUUUAUUGAAAGUUAAUUAUUUGUGUAUUAGGUAAAUCAAUACCACCGAUAUUCGAUUUCAAAACUAUCACAUAGUUAACUUAGGUGUUGAUAUAGUUACGUCAAAUUUUUUAAAAAUUUGAUCUUCAAUGAAUCGGCGCGAUUUAUUGUUAUCAACGUAUGUCGAGUGUUUACAGACAUAAAAAAAGGUAAUGUGAAUUUUGUAUGCGUUUAACCUGCUUUUAUUAUGAUAAAAAUUACGACGAUUACGAAGACGAAUUUCGUAUUUUUAAGUGUAUCAACAGCACUACGAGCAAUAAUUCGUAAUAAUUACAUUUAUAGAUGUGUAUAAUUAAUUUUAAGGCUUUUAUUGAAAAGUUUAUAAAUUUUACAAAUGCGUAUUUUUGGGGUUUAAAUUUAACAAACUUGUGUUUGUUACUGACUGAAGGAUAUCUAAAAAAAUGAAAGUCAUUAUGAUCUCUGGUUGACAAUAAUUGUUACGAAAUUAAUUGACGGUUAUCCUAUAACGAUCGAUAAUAUUGCCGUGUCCCCGUAUGCAAUAAUUUCAGGAAAUCAACAGAAAACUGUACCUUUUCUGUACUUGAUUAAUUUUUUUCAUAUUUUUUAAUGUGUAUGCUUUUAUACAUGUUUCACGUAAAAUAUUUAUUUAUUUUUUUAAUUUAAUAUCUGUUUAUGUUUGCAAGAACUGCGAACAAACAAGAAAAAUAUCAUUUGAAAUUCAAUGAGAAAAUCCAGUCCCUAAUGUUUAUGAAAUCAUGUGCCAUUCCUUAUAUUAU